UGGUGACCUCCAGAAGCCCCCUGCAGUGGCGGCAGCCGGCCAGCAGGGGGCGGAGCUCCACCAGACUUCCACAGUGAAGAGAGAGCGCCAGUGUGCAGCAUCACUCAGGUAGUAAAAGGGGCAGAUCCGAGGACCAGAUACGAGCCACGGUGGAGCUGCUGAGCUCACACCCCUCGGGUUGUGUUGUUGUGUUCGCUGCCCUCUGCACACCUCGGCUCUCCCCUGGGUUAAAACAAACACACCAUGGUGGCGAAGAGCAGGAAGCAGCCCGGGAGGAGUCCGGGGCUGCGGGCGGACCGGGACCGGAGCCCGCUCGUUGCGGGGAAAAGUGUCGUUCGUCGGCCGGCGGGCAGGGAGGGCAAAGCCUCCAGCGGCUCCCACCAGAACGGGCUGUCGGGGCUCGGACACAAGCUGGGGCCCCCCUCCGCGGCGGGGAAGCUGGGGAUCACGCUGCUGCUCGCUGCUCUGACUGGGUUUCUCCACUGGCAUCACCUCUCACAGCUGUUUGAGAAUGACAGACACUUUUCACACUUGUCAAACCUGGAGAAGGAAAUGGCUUUCCGGACCGAGAUGGGUCUGUACUAUUCCUACUACAAGACCAUUAUUGAUGCGCCAACUUUCCUGGACGGCCUCCACAUGGUCAUGAACGAUCGGCUGACAGAGUACCCUCUGGUCAUUAACACGCUGAAGAGAUUCAAUCUCUAUCCAGAGGUGGUCCUGGCCAGCUGGUACCGGAUGUACACCGGUGUAAUGGGGUACUUAGGGAUUCCCACUAAGAUGUGCUGGUCCAUCAACAGAGGAGAGGGACUCACUCCUGUGGACAGCUGUGAAGGGAUGGGCGACCCGGCGUACUUCUACGUGACCUUUGUGUUCCUGCUGAACGGUGCGAUGAUGAGCCUUUUCUUCAUCUACGGUGCCUAUCUCAGUGGCAGUAGACUGGGCGGCAUUGUUACCACGAUGUGUUUUUUCUUCAAUCACGGAGAGAGCACUCGUGUGAUGUGGACUCCGCCCCUGAGGGAGAGCUUCGCCUACCCGUUCUUAGUCCUGCAGAUGCUCCUUCUCACCUACAUCCUACGGACACGGAACCCGAGCAGGACAGCCAUGGUCACCCUGGGCGUCUCCAAUUUGUGCUUUAUGCUGCCUUGGCAGUUCGCCCAGUUUGUGCUGCUCACUCAGGUGGCUUCUCUGUUUGCUUCUUACAUCCUGGGUUACCUCGCCGCCGCCAAGAUGCAAUCCAUCCUCGUCACUCAUAUGAUAACUCUCGCCGUCUGCUUUGUCCUGAUGUUUGGAAACUCCAUGCUGCUCACGUCCUUCUACGCCUCCUCGCUCGUCUCCAUCUGGGCAAUCGUUGCAUUGAGGGAUCGAUUUGCUCAAGUCUUCAAACCUGGCGUCGUCAUCUGGGUCAUGCAGGUUUUGGCUUGGGUCGGCUCCACAGUUCUGCUCAAAUUCAUGCUGUCCACUCUCCUUUGUGCCUCGGAUGAUGCUCACAUCAGUGGACUGAUCAAGUCUAAGUUCACGAGCUACAAGGACUUCCACACUCUGAUGUACACUUGUGCUGCAGAAUUUGACUUCAUGGAGUUGGAGACCCCUUUACGUUACCUCAGGACGUUGCUGCUGCCCAUCAACAUGCUGGUGGUUGCUCUCAUCGCUGGGAGGACUGUCCAAGAUGUAGUCCGGUUCCUUAGGGACGGAGGGAAGGCGUCUGUCAAACCGGAUGAUGUUGAUGAAGCUGCAGGGUCUGAAAUUGCUGCAAAAGGAGAGCUGGUGUAUCACAGCCUGCAGCUGGUGGCGUUCUUUGUCCUCGCCGUCCUCAUCAUGCGUCUGAAGCUCUUCCUGACGCCGCACAUGUGCAUCAUGGCCUCACUCAUCUGCUCCAAACAGUUGUUUGGUUGGAUCGGGGAGAGGUUGAAACACCAGCUCGCCGUGUUUGCCUUCAUGGCCAUCAUGGCCGUACAGGGAGUGGCCAACCUGCAGGCCCAGUGGGGGAUCAUCGGAGAGUUCAGCAACCUGCCGCAGGAGGAACUGCUGGACUGGAUCCAGGUCAACACCAGUCCGGAUUCUGUGUUUGCUGGGGCCAUGCCCACCAUGGCCAGCGUGAAGCUCUCCACAGGUCGGCCCAUCGUCAACCACCCCCACUACGAAGACGCUGGUCUGAGGGAGAGAACCAAGCUGGUCUACUCCAUGUACAGUCGCAUGUCUGGAGAAACAGUUAAGGGCAACCUGAUGAAGCUGGGAGUGGACUUCUUCGUCUUGGAGGAUUCUUGGUGCACCAGGCGAACCAGGCCCGGGUGCAGCAUGCCAGAGAUCUGGGACAUUGAGGAUCCCCUAAAUGCUGGUAAAAUCCCCCUCUGCACCCACAUGUCCAGGAGCUCAAGACCCCACUUCACCACAGUGUUUUCCAAUGACAUUUAUAAAGUUCUGAAAGUCCCCAAAGCUACCAACGAUCUCAGAUAACGACGUGUGGCGGACUGGUUCAGUUGUUCUUUUCACCACUUUUACAAGGUUUUGAUCAGUCAUUGCUGCUUUUUACUCAAACCCCCCACAGAGCCCCUUUUUUGCAGUGCUUUAAGUCACUGAGCGAUUGGACAAGAGCCAAAACAAUCACAAUGAGUCUCUCCACUCUUGGUGCGCCGAGAGUUUUUGUGACUUAAAGGAACUCCACAUUUGCCAAUCUUCCUUAUCGCUGCAUCUUUGUCGUCCAGCGACGUUUCCCAUGACGCACGUUGGUGCCCGAGUAAAAAGCCAAAAGGUGUCGUAGCUCUUCAUUUAGGUUGUUGCAUUGGUUCUGUUAUAUAGAAUCUUUAGUUUGAGAAACAUUGUCCUCAAAGAGAUGCCGUUUAUACAUCAGUGUUGUGUAUUGUCUCACUGUAUAGGAUUCAUUUUCUUUGACUUUUGCAUAAGAAGUACGUUUUGUCUGGCAGGACCAAUCGAUGAUGUCCACAUACUGUGAAGCAAUACCCUUUGCAAACUUGGCAAAAGCUAACUUCUUCUAUUGUUAUAAACAGUGUUGAUUUCUGAAAGGAUUUUUCAGUAGUAUGCUAUUUUUAUAAUUUAUUUGUGAGUCAUUUUUAUGCAAACUUCAAAGUGUUUAAGAAAUAGUUCACCCCAAAACAAUAUACAUUGUGUAUAGUACUCUCCUCCCUAGGCUCACUAUGGUCCCAGAUAAAGUUUUCUAUUGAAUGGUGUUAGGGAGAGCAGAGAGUAAAAAAAAAAAUCACUGCAAACAGACUUUGGCCGAGGGCGAAAAAAGGUUCAAUAACAUCUGAAAAAGGUUAUAAAAUCACUGUAGAGCAUUAUCCAAGUCUCUUGUAUCCAUUUAUAGACUCAUUGAAAUCCAAAUCUUCACCUAACUAUUGCUAACAAACGAUUUCUGGUUAUCCUCCCGCGGAGGAAUCUCUUUCGGCCUACAUCAGAGACCCUCAUACUGAUGUUUUUAACUUUUUUCUGAGAGGUGAGAGCUUUAAACAACCAAUAUUGUUCUUGGGUGAACUAUUCCUUUAAGAAGUUUUUCUUUAGAAGCCAACAGUGUUUUAAGAGUCUUUGGAACAUGAGGGGGAAAUUAUGUUCUUGUGUUCAGAAGAAGGGACUCCCUAUACCGUGAUGUCCAGAUGGAAUUGGUGCCAUACCAUUAGUCUGACAGAAAAUAUUUCCAAAUCCUAAUAGUCCUGAUAAUGUCUUAUUGGAGCGAAAGCCAAUUUGUCCAUCGGCCCAUUAUCCCGAAAACAAACAUCCAUUGUUCGGAAAUUAUAAACUCUAAGCACAUGGAUAUUUAUUAUGUGGAAUGACAUCAUCUGACCUUCCUGGUUGCUAUUUUUUCCUUCCAUGGCAAAGACAUGACCCGCCGUACUCUGCCUCUGGUUAGUUUACCCUGAUAUUCUUACCCUUAAAGCUAACUAAUCUCACUCCUCAUGCAUAAACCUAACCAACCCAACCAACAAAGGUAACAAGGGUUAGGAGGAAGAGUGGUGAGUCAUGCCUCUGCCAGUAGGAAAAGAAAUCAAGAAGGUCCAAUGACAUAAUUCAGAAUAAUAAUUAGCUUUUGAUUGAGACAUGAGCCUUCGGAACAAUGGGAAUUUGUUUUUAGGAUAACAGACUGUCGCAUAAAUAGGCUGUUGGGCUGUUAAAACAAUAGGUAGUCCCCAUGGAAUUCACUCAAGAAGAUUUUUGAUAAAACUUCACAUAAUAGAAUUCCGUUCAUUCUUAAUUCAGUUAUAAACUGGUAAAGAGUUUUUUUUUUUUUUUUCAAAACAAGUAGACUUCCUGUGCCCUGUUAAA